AUGUUAUUUGCUGUUGUUGAGAAUCAUGCGAAGUCACUUACAACUUUGUCGAAAGCUUUGAGUCAAGUCGCCGAUUCUCUACCGCGCGUAGAAUUGUCUACGAUAUUAUACCCAACAGAACGAAUGAGAGAUGCUGUAGUGAAUCUCUACGUACACUUGAUCAAUUUUCUCAUCCGAGCGAGGGCUUGGUAUGAGGAAGGCACCGCUCGCCAUAUUAUCAACGCCUUCGCAAGGCCCGUAGAGCUACGGUACCAUGAUCUUAUUCAAGAAAUCGAGUCCUGCACGAGAGAGAUUGAUAUUCUUUCAACUGCUGGGGCAAGAGCUGAACAACGCGACAUGCACCUCGAAAUUCAAAGGAUCGGGCGAAGCCAACAAGAGACGGAUGUUAUCCUUGCAGAAAUACGCAAACUGUGCAUAGAGACUCAAGCGCUCCAUUCUAGCGGUUACCUCAAUACAAAUAGACAACUGACUGACAUACAACUAAAUAACAUCAUGGAAAGUCUGUCCGCGUCUCAAAUGAUAGAGCCUUUAAAGGCCCUUAGCCGAUGUCAGCAUUUUCAAAUGAGAGUGAAAGGAAAGCCCCGGCCAGGAAAGUCAACACCUCUUACGACGAUUUCGGGGCAUCGGAAGUUCAAAGCCUGGCAGUCAGAACAAGUGUCUGCGGUGAUCAUGGUGAAAGGAGACUACAAGAACCGAGAAUCUAUUAAAGCUCUCGCGACGAGCAUGAUAACAAUUCUUCGUCAACAUCAGUUGCCGGUUAUUUGGACACUGAAGCCACCUUUACAGACCCCGGGGGAAAGGAUGUCUAAUGUUGAUGUCAUUCGAGACUUAGUUCGCCAGGCCAUACGGCUCAACCUAUCUCUGCAUUCCGAGAGAUCAUUGUCUCUAUCCUGUGCGAUGUUCCAGGCGGCAGAGACACCAGCUCAGUGGUUUCGUCUAUUGGCUUCAGUGAUCGAGACGCUGCCAGUUCUGUAUCUCGUUAUCAACAUUGAGGCAAUUGAUGUCAGACUAGUCCACACUGAUGGGGGAUUUUCUUGGCUGUCAUCUUUCUACUCGUUGAUUAAGGCUCUCAAGGAACGCCAGCUCAAAACAAAGCUGAAGAUUUUCCUUCUGAGCCAUGGUUCGGCAAGUCUCCAAGAAAGGGAAAACCUUGCUCGGUUCGCUGGAGUCGUAUUAAAUGCCCCAAAGACCUUCUAA